AUGGAAGACCUCAACCGGUAUGUCUGUCUUCGAAAUGCCCGUCUGGCACACCAAAGCGAUGGAGAUGCCGAUAUUUCCUCGACGAAUACAACCCUCGACGAGCUCUUGAAAUUUUCUCACAGGCUAUCUCUUCAGGUCACUAUGGUCAAUUCCACAUCGUCAGAAUCUUCCCAGGCGAGUAAUGGCCAAGUGCAAGUUGUCCCAUAUCCUCAAUACGUCCGGGUGCUGGAUGAGAUACCUGCGUUGCAGGAUAUGGAGUGGGCUACAAUUAGAGAAAAGUCUAAACUCCCAGAUAUUCCAGUAUUUCCUUCUCUAUUUCAGUAUAGUCUCAUCGAGAAAGGAGUUGAGCCUAUUGGAAGAGGAAGGGACGUACACAAGUUUAGGUCUCAUACUCUCCAUCGUUUCAUUCGCCUUUUCUGGAAUCAGUUCGUCAAAAUUCCAAGUUUGUUUGCUGAUAUCAACGAAAUUUUCUCUGGCCUUGCAGACCCGGAGCGCUUUGGGAUGUCUGUCUUAGAGUUUGAGAUGGAUCCUAAAUCCGAUGAGUGCUUAGUUUAUCUCAUGGUUGGGCGACAUGAAAUUCCACUCUUUUUUAUUCACUACAUCGCUCCUCAUGAUGUCUCAGCUGCUCAGGUCAAAGGCGAGAUUAUAGACCUAACAUUCGACAAGGACAUUCUACGACGCGGAGGUAUGCAGAGUACUUUGAUUGCGACUAUGACCCGUGCAUUCGCCCGCAUGGUGUCGACGGGAAUCCGCUACAGUGUGCUUGAUACUGGCGAGGCAGUUGUGUUCCUUCAUGGUCACAGCACUCACCCCGACCUUCUCGGUGCCCACAAAUUUAUUCCUUGCGAGGAAAUCGGAGACGAUGUCGACGACAAAGUCUAUCAGACUAUCGUCGCACAAUACCUCUCCUUUAUCUUCAGGGCUAUGCGUGAGAAACCAUCAACUCAGCAUUGGUAUGCCACGGCUGGCGCCCUGCGAACAUGCAAACUUACGAACAACGGAGUCGAGAGAAUUGUACAAUCAAGCAAUUUUCUCACCCCAAGCAGCCGCAAUGACCCAUUCUUUGCGGAUUCCAAUCUUCUAGACGAGAAUGGCAGACUAUUCUGUACCCAUAAGUGCCUUCUAGGUCUAUGCGCCGGUGCUGAACUCGACCACGCAUGUCCCAACUAUGAGGAGCACGGCAAUCGAUUCCAUGAGAUUGGACCAACACAACUUAUUGAGUUCCUCUAUCGCCAGAUAGAAAAGCAAGACCCACCCUACGCAUUUCGUCCUAUGUAUCUACAUGGACAACAUCACCACUAUCUGAAGGGAGUGCUGGACGACUAUGGGUAUACUUUCCUCGUCAAAGCUGUUGAACCAGGACAUGAGGAGACGCUUGGACGCGAGUACAAUACGUAUCAAAACUUGGAGGCGGUUCAGGGUUUCAUCAUUCCGGUGUGCUUGGGUGUGUUGGACUUGCAAGAACGACUGAAUCGGUGUCACGUCUACUACGGUAGAGAAUUCGAAAAGAUGAUGUUGCUUAGCUGCUCGGGAGUCUCACCAGUUGACUUUAUCAACAAAGAAGCAGUCGAUACGCUCACGAAAGAAAGGGAAAAGCUAAAAGAGGAUAUAGAAGAGAUGGGUCUUCUGCGGCCAGACGUUUCUUGGCGCAAUCUCCUUUGGAAUGAACAGGAGCAUUGUCUGGUGUGGAUCAAUUUCGUUGAGGAUAAAUCCAGUGAUUAG